AUGUUGCUGUCGGAUUGGCCAUUGACCAGUCUUGAACGGCUGCAGAUAUCAGACUGCGGAGAAUUGGAGCGGCUUCCGGACAGCAUUGCGGAGUUGCUGCCACGUCUGCGUGAGCUGACCGUUGCCAGGUGCGAUGCCUUCAAGGAGCUGCCGAAAGGUUUCUGUUCCCUGAAGCACCUCGAGACCUUGUCAGUCAUCAAAUGUCAUCAAUUCCGCUGCCUGCCUGAAAACAUCGGGAGAUUGACUGCCCUGAAAACUCUGGUAGUUGAAGAUGUGCCGCUGGCGAGCCUGCCUGACUCCAUCUGCCAGCUCAGCUCCCUAGAGACCUUCUUGCUUCUCUCGGCCGCCCCGAUCCACGAGCUGCCAGCAGACUUGUGCUCCCUCACAGCUCUCACGACUCUCUGCCUCGGGCGAGUGGCGCAUCCAGCGGGCAUAGGACGCCUGAGUAACCUCCACACGCUGCUUCUGAGAUACAGCUUCAAAGAUCCGCAUCUCCCGUCCUCGUUAUUGGAAAUCGCGUCGCUGACACGGCUUGAGCUGGACAACUGCCGCCUGGAGUUGCUGCCAGAGGGCGUGGGAUCGCUCAGCAACCUGCGGGAGCUGCACGUCUCGUCCUGCCAUCAGCUCACGGCCCUUCCAGCGUCCGUGACGUGCCUGACUGCCCUGGAAGCUCUCUCACUCGCUGACUGUCGAUGUCUGUCAUCGGCGCCCACAAGGCUGGACGGCCUGACACGGCUCAAGCGGCUGGAGGUGAUCCAAUGUGACAGGCUGACACCGCCUCCUCAAUUUUUGCCGGCCUCCAUUGAAUGGCUGAGUUGGGGAAAUCGCGGGCAGGCCAUGCCUCUGCCAGACGUCUCCACGCUGACGGGGCUUCGUACGCUUUGCCUGGAAGAGGUUGCGGUGGCGUGUGGGGUCGCUUUGAGCAGGAGCCUAUCGCACCUGGAGCAUUUGCAGCUGAGGUUGGCAUUCAAUGCGGUGGAGCUUCCAUUCGCCUUGACGUUCCUCUCCCACCUGCGCACACUGGUUGUUGAGAACGCGGAGAAGCUUCAAAGGCUGCCGGCCGACAUCGGGUCAGCACUGCCGCAGCUGCGGAAGCUGAGGCUGAUAAAUGCAUACGAGUUGAGGGAGCUGCCAGCGAGUGUGACUGCGCUGCAGAACCUGACGUCCUUGUGGGUUUACGAUGCGCCCAACCUGGUUUCUCUUCCGCCUGCCAUCGGUGCCUUAUCCAAGCUGCGGGAGCUGCACCUCAUUCGCUGCAAGCAGCUUAAGCAGCUGCCUGCCUCUCUCACCCAGCUUACCCGCCUGAACCAGCUGUCGAUCUCAUGCUGCCCCAUCCGUUCCCUGUGUUCCAACGCUGCACCGUUCACGCGGCUCAGAGACCUCUCUUUGUCAUGCUGUGCACAGCUGGAGGCAUUGCCGGGGGAUUUGGUUGAGCUGAAGGCAUUACGAAUGCUGGAUGGUUUUUUGCAUGAGGGGAUCUCGAAUCCCACCUGCGAAGGGCUCAAAUUAGGGGUGAAGGACAGGGAUGGGUCUGUGAUCCCCAGAUGCAUCAAUGAGGUGUAUGGGCUGAGAACGUUCACAGCUGGUGAUGACCCCGGCAGCGAGGCUGGUGAUGAGCUUGGCAGCGAGGCUGGUGAUGAGCUUGGCAGCGAGGCUGGUGAUGAGCUUGGCAGCGAGGCUGGUGAUGAGCUUGGCAGCGAGGCUGGUGAUGAGCUUGGCAGCGAGGCUGGUGAUGAGCUUGGCAGCGAGGCUGGUGAUGAGCUUGGCAGCGAGGCUGGUGAUGAGCUUGGCAGCGAGGCUGGUGAUGAGCUUGGCAGCGAGGCUGGUGAUGAGCUUGGCAGCGAGGCUGGUGAUGAGCUUGGCAGCGAGGCUGGUGAUGAGCUUGGCAGCGAGGCUGGUGAUGAGCUUGGCAGCGAGGCUGGUGAUGAGCUUGGCAGCGAGGCUGGUGAUGAGCUUGGCAGCGAGGCUGGUGAUGAGCUUGGCAGCAUGCUGAGGGCACUUGCCCUGCUCUCCAUGCCACCUCCUCUCAUAUACACUCCCACGCCCUCUGCUGCCCACUCGUCUGUAAGCCUGCGUCUAAUCUGCUCUGCCCUCUGCUGCCAUGCCAUGUCACCAUCUAUGCCGCUGCCCUCAGCACUGCCUGAUGCGUCGGGUUCUACAGGCCCACGCAGCACCACUCGCCACAGGUUGUCUCGGCGCAGAGAGGAGGAGCAGAGAGGAGGAGCAGAGAGGAGGAGCAGAGAGGAGGAGCAGAGAGGAGGAGCAGAGAGGAGGAGCAGAGAGGAGGAGCAGAGAGAAGGAGCAGAGAGGAGGAGCAGAGAGGAGGAGCAGGCAGGCGGUGGGAGACACGCCGCUGCCAUUGCCGCUGCUGACGGCACUGCUGCUGCCAUUGCUCAUGGUGGGUGGAGCUUGUGUUGA